AAAAACUAACAAAAUACAAGGAGUACGACACGUGGAAACCAGUAACAGUAGAUAUAAAGAGGGGUUUAGGAUUCAAGAGAGAGAUUGCAGAGAGAAGGGAGGGAUAACAACAACAGCAACAAUGGCGUCCUCAUUAGGAGCUCCAAGAGCCACAACUUUUUCCUCAAAAACUCUAAUAAAUCUCUGCAGAAGAGUGCCAAUUUUCCUUCCGCGUAGAUCAUUUCAUUCAUCAACUCAAUUCCAAACCCUAAAAUUCAUUCCUAAUACUUACAGAGAACGCCGUUUCAGUGUAAGAGCUGAGACUCCAUCAGAAAACGGUGGUGUAAAUUACGAUUAUGACCUAUUUACAAUCGGUGCUGGUAGUGGUGGUGUUCGUGCUUCUCGUUUCGCUUCUAAUUUUGGUGCUUCGGUUGCUGUUUGUGAACUUCCUUUUAACACUAUCUCUUCUGAUACUGCUGGUGGCGUUGGUGGAACGUGUGUACUUCGUGGGUGUGUACCAAAGAAAUUACUUGUCUACGCCUCCAAAUAUUCACAUGAUUUUGAUGAUAGUUGUGGGUUUGGAUGGAAAUAUGAAACGGAUCCCGUUCAUGAUUGGGGAACAUUGAUGGCUAAUAAGAAUGCUGAAUUACAGCGUCUUACUGGAAUCUACAAGAAUAUAUUGAAAAAUGCUAAUGUCGCGUUAAUCGAAGGCAGGGGAAAGAUUGUGGAUCCUCACACUGUUGAUGUGGAUGGGAAGCUGUAUAAAGCGAGGCACAUUCUUAUAUCAGUUGGAGGAAGACCUUUUAUUCCUGAUAUACCUGGGAAGGAGUAUGCUAUUGAUUCUGAUGCUGCUCUUGACUUGCCCACUAAACCAACAAAGAUUGCAAUUGUCGGGGGUGGUUACAUUGCUGUAGAGUUUGCUGGAAUUUUCAACGGGUUGAAAAGUGAUGUCCAUGUGUUUAUUAGACAAAAGCAGGUCUUAAGGGGUUUUGACGAGGAGGUCAGAGAUUUUGUUGCUGAGCAGAUGUCUCUGAGAGGAAUUGAGUUCCAUACUGAGGAAUCGCCUCAAGAGAUCAUAAAGUCACCAGAUGGCUCAUUGACUGUCAAAACUAACAAAGGAACCUUCGACAGUUUCUCACAUGUUAUGUUUGCAACAGGCCGUAGACCAAACACAAAGAAUUUGGGACUUGAAGAAGUCGGUGUAAAGAUGUCAAAGAAUGGGGCGAUUGAGGUCGACGAAUACUCGCAAACAUCAGUUCCUUCCAUUUGGGCUGUAGGAGAUGUUACUGACAGGAUAAAUUUGACUCCAGUUGCACUGAUGGAGGGAGGAGCGUUUGCAAAAUCAGUCUUUGGGAAAGAACGCUCCAAACCUGACUAUAGUGCUGUGCCAUCAGCUGUGUUCUCGCAGCCGCCUAUUGGACAAGUUGGUCUUUCAGAAGAACAGGCUAUUCAAGAAUACGGAGAUAUUGAUGUCUACACAUCCAAUUUCAGGCCCUUGAAGGCCACUCUUUCUGGGUUGCCAGAUCGAGCCUUCAUGAAGCUUAUAGUUUGUGCAAAGACGGACAAAGUUAUAGGCUUACACAUGUGUGGGGAUGAUUCACCCGAAAUCACUCAGGGGUUCGCUAUAGCUAUUAAAGCCGGAUUAACCAAGGCUGACUUUGAUUCUACAAUAGGAAUUCACCCUUCAGCAGCAGAGGAGUUCGUUACCAUGAGAACUCCUACUAGAAAGAUUCGUCAGAGCACCCAAUCUGAGGGAAAGGCUGAGACUGAGGUUAAAGCCACAGCUGGUGCAUGAAGUUGAAUUAGUUGUGCAGUAUCAUGAUAUACAAUCUCAAUUUUUGUCUGCAAUUUUUUUUUUCCUUUUUGCUGUUUUCUUUUUGUAUGUAAUCAUCUUAAUAGGAACUGUAAAAUGGUCUGCUUAAAUCGAUUUUCAGUCACUGGAAAUUCGUUUAUUGAUGAUUAUAUUAAAGAAGAAUUGCAGUGUUGGUGCCUGGUGGUACUAUUUUCUGAUGUAGCAGAUUGGUGCUAUCCAUAA